UGCCCAGUCACCCCCUACGCACCGAACUCCGGAACGCAUCCGAGUCACGCGUUUCAAAGUGCAUUUUACGAAACAAAGUGCAUUUUACGUUCCGACGAACGCCGUCAGCGAAAACACCGAAUUUCGAAGAAGAAGUUUGCGUCCGCGUCGGAAUAUCUGGAAAGGGUUGUUAAUUUGUUGCACGAGAAUGGAGCAGGGUGUGUGCCAGCGGAUCGGAUGGCAAGAAAGGAAAUGCACUUAUUGGCCAGCGUCUGCGUACUCAUAUUGAUCUGCGGCGGUGGCCGUGGAGUAAGGGUGUCUGCGGGUGGGACACCUAAAACCUGCCCAAAAUGCAUUUUUGUUUGCGGCUCGCGCGUCUUCUCCUGAUAUCCGCGGCUUUUUGCGUCGGUCUCUGCUCCGAAGAUGAGGAGAGGUUGGUCCGAGAUCUGUUCAGAGGAUACAAUAAACUCAUCAGACCAGUUCAGAAUAUGACGGAGAAGGUGCACGUGAACUUUGGCCUGGCUUUCGUGCAGUUGAUCAACGUGAACGAGAAAAAUCAGAUCAUGAAGUCAAACGUAUGGCUGCGAUUCGUCUGGACGGAUUACCAAUUGCAAUGGGACGAAGCGGACUAUGGCGGUAUCGGUGUUCUCAGGUUGCCACCAGACAAAGUGUGGAAACCUGAUAUUGUGUUGUUUAACAACGCGGACGGUAACUACGAAGUACGUUACAAAAGCAACGUUCUAAUUUAUCCUAACGGCGACGUCCUCUGGGUGCCGCCAGCGAUUUACCAAAGUUCGUGCACCAUCGACGUCACGUACUUCCCGUUCGAUCAACAGACCUGCAUCAUGAAAUUCGGAUCUUGGACGUUCAACGGCGACCAAGUCUCUUUAGCACUCUACAACAACAAGAACUUCGUGGAUCUGUCCGAUUACUGGAAAAGUGGCACUUGGGACAUCAUUAGCGUACCGGCGUACUUGAACACUUACCAGGGCGACUUCCCGACAGAGACGGACAUCACUUUCUACAUCAUAAUCAGACGCAAGACUCUGUUCUACACGGUGAACUUGAUCCUCCCGACGGUUCUGAUCUCAUUCCUCUGCGUGCUGGUCUUCUAUCUUCCCGCGGAAGCUGGCGAGAAAGUGACGCUCGGAAUCAGUAUUCUGCUAUCUUUGGUCGUGUUUCUGUUGCUGGUCAGCAAGAUCCUGCCGCCUACAUCGCUCGUGUUACCGUUGAUCGCCAAGUACCUCCUAUUCACCUUCAUCAUGAACACUGUCAGUAUCCUGGUGACCGUGAUCAUCAUCAAUUGGAACUUUCGCGGACCCCGGACGCACAGGAUGCCGCAGCUCAUCAGAAAGAUCUUCCUCAAGUACCUGCCGACCAUACUGCUGAUGAGAAGACCGAAGAAGACCAGGCUGAGGUGGAUGAUGGAGAUACCGAACGUGACAUUGCCGACAUCUACUUACUCGGGAAGCCCAACAGAAUUGCCGAAACACCUGCCCGCCUCGUUAGCUAAGUCGAAGAUGGAGGUGAUGGAGCUGUCCAAUCUUCAUCAUCCUAACUGCAAGAUCAACAGGAAGGUACAUCACACUACCAGCAGCUCGAGCGCAACUGGCGGCGAGGGCUUGGCUGAUAGAAGAGGAUCCGAGAGCUCGGAUUCGGUGUUACUUAGCCCGGAAGCUAGCAAGGCUACCGAGGCUGUCGAAUUCAUUGCUGAACACUUGAGAAACGAGGAUUUGUACAUACAGACAAGGGAAGAUUGGAAAUACGUGGCGAUGGUAAUUGACCGACUACAGCUGUACAUCUUCUUCAUCGUAACAACCGCAGGAACCGUCGGGAUCCUGAUGGACGCGCCGCAUAUAUUCGAGUACGUGGACCAGGAUCACAUUAUAGAGAUCUAUCGUGGAAAGUAAUUUCCACGGAAUUUAGCAAAUUAUAAAUUGCGUGCCAUCCCCGCAACAAUUUCUUUGAGACACCGUCACGAUCUGUAACCCGAUCGGAUUCUUUUCAUACGGUUACACGCGGAGACUUAUUUUACGGUACAGUCGAGAACUCGGUUUGACAUCGAACCGUGCGAUGUAACGUUACAGAGAUUCAUUCGCGUCUUUUUCCAAAACGAUUCAGAAAUUAUCGAGCCAUUGAUGAAAUCGCGGCACGCGGCCUCGAUGAUUAAUCGCGCACCGAAUUCAACAGCCGAUUUUACUUCGUUCCUGGCAUUAUACGACUACCGUCUUCUUCUUCCGUCUAACACACGCAUAACUUCAACCGCGAGUCGAUAACGCCACGACGUGGCCGGCGUAUACGAAACGCUCAGGCAUCCGGGUCGAUCAUUUCUAACAAUCGAUCGUUUCUUCGUUUUAUACUCGUGAACGACUAUCAACGUCGCUGGAUCAUCGCAACUUCUGAAUUCGUGAAGAAACAAAAAGCUCAAUGGCACUCGUUGCAUAGUAACGUACCACUUAAAUUAAUUAAACUAAGCGUUAGAGUACUGCUAAUAAUAUCGAAUCCAUUUGAAUUCCGUUUCGUUGCGUGACGAUCCAAGUUUGCCGAAAUUAAAGGGUUCCCCAAAUACGUAAACGCUUUCGUGGUCCCCGAGAUUCUCCGAAACUAACGUUCUCCAAACGUGUACACGCGGUUCCGUGAUCUCCAAUCGUUUCUAACGACAAUUGUUGUGUUUGACUUGAUGUCGGUCGUCGACGAAGCAUGGUAGACUUCGGCCGGCGACGUCUUAUAUUGUUAGAAUUAAUCAUGGCUGCCUCCACGAUUAAUUGUCUUCCUUCGGAACCUUUGCCGCAAGCAUGCUGAAACGGACGCGGAUCAAAUCCGAACUGGGUUGCGGGUGAAAUGUGCCAGAUGCUUCAGCGAGUCUCGACGCUUCCUCUUAACCCUUUUUGGCUACACUUAAGAAAAUGUUGCUUUCUUGAUAUUUUGAAUGCACAACAUUUCUUAUUUCUAAUUUUAUUUCUAAUUAUCAGGCUUUACAAAAUUGUUACAAUUUCUUUCCGGAGCUUUUUCGAACUGCAUCAAACAAGUUUGGUAUAUUUCGCUCAGGUACACGCGGCUCUUUUGCUCGGCAGUUUUAAGAGGGUUAAAGUUCCCUUUCCAGCAUACUUUCCCCGCAUCCAGCCGAAUCUGGCACCUUUCAACGCAACGCUGAAUCCGAAAACGAAGAGAAAAAGGUAAAAAAGAGUCACUUAGGAAGUCACCGUUAAAUCAAUGUCCAUUGAUCGCCUGUUCUAGAUGAGUAACUUGGGUAAUAUCGGGAACCGGAUAAACAUAGAACGUAGAUAUCAAAUAAUUUUGAUAUUAAUCGUGCGAAUUACCGUUGCCAUUAUUGUAAUCUAGCGGGUAUCGUGGUUUCGAGAGAAACCCGUCCCGAUCCAACGCCGCGGGGAGCCGUGAUGAAUCCAUUCGCCGACUGACAGACGCAUUGCAACCUUUCGACUGUUUUUGCUGUAUCGUCGGGAUUGGUUUCGAAAACGUUUGCAAAGAUACGUCAUAACCAGACAGUCUCGUCUAGACGAUAAACCAUCGAAAAAUAAGUUCAAAGCAAUUUUCUCAUCUAACGCUAAGUAUUUCGCAACUACAAAGCAUCACGAUAUGUCUACAAACCGAAUAGUUUUACGUCUUCGAUGGAUGCAACAUGACGCAUUUUUCUUUUGGUAAAUGACUUACGAUCUUGCGCUGCUUUUCUUAUCCUUCAUACGCUUCUCUCGAAAUUGUCGGCUAAAUAAAAUGUUGUGUUACUUUAUGCUUCUAUUGUAAUUUGAAGUAUGUGAUUAUAAUUCGUCGAUCUUAUGUACGGAGAGACGAUGUACGUUUUAAGGGAGUGUAUGAUGGAUUUAGAGAUAAAGAUUGCGUCGUUUACAAGCGUUAUCACUGCAUCUUCUCCAUAGAUUCAAUGUUUCAAGUUAUUCGAUAAACGUCAUUUAAUGAUUUAUUUAUCCGUACGCUAGACUAUGUUAACCUUCGGCGAGAUGCAAUCAGAGAUGCUGAAAAAUUCAAGUUUGAAACUGGUACUGUUUCAAAUUUGAUUUCAUUGAAUUAUCAUUCUGGUUUAAAAUAUUAUAUUAUUAUAUAUUAUAAUAUUAACAUCAUUUGUUAUGAUUGCACUUGAUCGAGGGUUAACAUAGAAAUGAUCUGAAAUUUCGAAGAUUGUCGAAUCACUUUCAGAUUGUCAAAUCAUUCUCAGAUUGUUAAAUCAUUUUCAGAUUGUUAAACCGUUUUCAGAUUCGUCGUUAAAGCUUGUUAGCACUUCCUUCCUUUUGCGUAAGGUCAGAGUUUUUGGCCUUCGUCCAUCGCGGUUUCGAAUGUAUCUCUUCUUUACGCUUCCCCCAUGAUAUUUCCGACGGCGAGAAAUUCGAACGAAAUUUCGUGGAAGAUUUGCUGAUACGAAAACGCACAUUAGAAGUACAAUGUCACGGCCCUGCGUUCUUAAUCGUUAUAAAUGAGAUGAUUAAAGUAAAAUGUAUCGUAUACCAAUAUACGGAAAAAUAUCAUAUUCACACACUACAUGCAUAAUGCGCAGAUGAUUGUUAAACGGUCAUGUUUUCUCUAAUAGAAAAUAGGUUUUCUCCACUUGCGAAGAAUGUUUACGGUUGCUCGUUAUAAAGAUCGUUGAUUUUUUCGUACCGAUUGCCUACAGUUGUGCCUCGUGAGUCAAGCCCGUUGUUACGAGUGAUGUUGCAUUGUAUAUAUUACGAACGUAAACCAAAAUGAGGAAAGAACGGAAAAACGUAUUAUCAUUUUUGUCGAUCACGGGAAUCACCAUCACGGUCGAGAGAAAACGUGGCAAAUUUCCAAAGAAACAGAGAAAAAGAAAAAAGAAAGAACCGCGAGGUUAUUCAUUUUACGUCGAAGACUCGAACGAAUCAUUCCCAGGUAAUUGCAUGUCGUUUUGAUAAUUUUAUACUCGAGAACAUGAAUUUGUAAAACGAAAACCCCCGAACCGAGUCCGAACGACGAACCGGACGUUCACGAAUGUUCAAUUGUAAUGUCGACGCGAAAAUUCUGGCAUAAAUGAAAAACAUGAAAAACAAGCGUAAACGAAAACUAUCGAUCUGAUGUGUGAACAUUACGAAGGAAAGCCAAUGGUUUUUUAUGAUACUCGUCGGACCUUUGCGAUUCGUUGUUCUCUGUCGCGUGCGCGGCAACAUACACACACACACACGUACACACAUGCACACACAUAUACACGACGAUCGUUCACGAUCAAACAACACCAACGUUCGCGAUCAGAGCGACGAAUUCACUCCUUGAUAGAGCGACACGUGUCUUCCUUGAACAAGAUACAAUAACUAGAAUUUAGUCCCCCGAGAGUGGAGUAACUAGGUGAUGCUUAUUCAUUUCUAUACAUUUUACUUCUAUAUAUUUUAUAGCGUUGUUCACUCGAGAAUGGGAGGAAUGAUUGUGUAUGAGAAUCACGAUGAGACGAUUUUACGCGCAUCUUACAGCUCAAGUGCGAUUGAAGAUGCCAGCUGUCGUGUUACACGAAUUGGCUACCAUCAUCGCGACGUCGCAGAGAACCGUGUUUCUUGACGUUAAAUUCUGAAAAAACUUUCUUCGACAACGGAGCAAAUUAUUUGAAACGUUUCCCUUCUCUAUGAGAAUUUUAUCGCUCGUUGAAAUUUUCAAGCAAUUAUUUUAGACUGCGGACUUUUGUAUAGGAAUAAAAAUUGUCUGCGCUAAUUAGGGGCUGCAUAGAUAUUUCGUUCGUUUUUUGUUCAUUUUAAUAAGUUGAAAACAGUUCAACAGUAUUUUUAAAUUUCUUAAAUAUUCUCACUGCUUUGUGUUCGAUCAACUCGUUUUUGUUAUGAGUGCGUAACGUCCGCAGUCUAGUAACAAUUGCGAAAUCCAAAAAUUUGUAAGGAUACAAGAAACUGCGCAGAGAAAUGGUUAACAAGUAACAGAAACUUAGUCUCUCAGCAGUGAUUUCAAUAUCGUUUAUCUGAUAAGAAUAAUGAUCGGGAAGGUAAUGCUAAUCGUUUGGCACAAGUUCGACGAUUGGUAAAUUCUGUAGCCGUCGUUGCUGGCAUCUUCAAUUAACCCUAGAAUACUAAUGUACGUAAUUUUUACGUUUACUACGUAUUUUAAACUUCUCCUUGGCAUCGAUGUCAAAUAUAAUAACAGUUAAUUAGAUUUUAAAAAGUGUAAUAAUUAUUAAGGAUACAUACAUUUAUAAUUGUUAAAACUAACGAUAAUAAAUGCGGCCGUAAGGAUAUUAGAAUUCUGGGGUUAACAUUUAUUUAGUGGUUAACAUUUAAGCACUUGUUGGAUCGAUUAUUGUUAGACGAAAUAUGUUUCUCUCUUCGGAAUUAUUACUACGAAUCAGCGAAGUCUCAAUGAGUUCUCGAAGUUCUUUGCAGAUCGGCUAUCGGUGUACGUGUUCGCCUACCUGUCUGGAUGAUUUGUGUAAAAAUUCUCUUAUCGAUUCUCAGAUGCAGUUAAUGAAACGUUGUUCCAUUUUAGCUGUAAAGGUAACUGUUCGGGAUUAACGUUGAAAUAAAAUAAAUCGAAUUAUUCUAUUAGCGUUGCAACAAUCAGCGGAACGUGUUGAAAUUCAUCGCACAAAUGUGCAUCGUCGAUAAAGCGUGAACAGCACUAGUCCGUAAACAAUUUUACUCGUUUCUUCCACUUGAUAAUAAACAAAUUCCGUAAAUUCUGCACCAUUGAAACCAAACGUCGAGAUUAAGACACUCUCGUCGCUCGUUAAACUACUCAGCAGAGCGGAGGAAACAUUUUCAUUCGUUUCGUGCGAUUUCAUUUAAUGUUCAUUCUGUUUUGUUUUGUUUCUUUUUCUGUUCAAUGCGGGAGAACAAUAUUUCUGAAAUUUUAUCGAAGAAUGUUAUAAUAAACGUAAAUAUAAAUUGUUAGAAUAGUAAGAAGUGUGUUGAAAUAGUUUUAUGUAGACAAUAAAUUGUGCUGAAUUAUAUAUUCAAGGUGCCAGAAAAGUAAUUCGUUUAUUCAUUCAUUUUUACUUGUGCGUCGAACGUUCAUCAGUAUCGGUGGCUCUUUUCAUUUGGCAAGGACAUUGUUUUCCGUGAGCGAGCACAUUUGUUGAUUUUCUGAAAUAUUUUCAAGAAAUUACGAUCGUUCUAUUACUGUCCUCAAUAUGAAAUCUUUCGUUUCCGACGGUACUCUCAAUAAAUAUUUCAAUUAUGUAACCCAACCGAUCCCUUCUGAAUUACGGUUGAAUCUCUUGUCUACUAGAGAAAAGGAUGAUCGUGUCAGCGAGUGUACAUUAAUUUACCUUUACUUUGUAUGUACAAAAACGAGGAGGAAAAGAAAUAUUGUUGAGCCGGAAGUUUGUACUCUAUUAUAUGCAUGAGAAACGCCGCGACUAUGUUCAUGCAAGACAUUGAUUUUCCAUUGGUAGACGUAAUUUUAAGAUAGAUCGUUAGGUAGUUCUUUUUACAAGGAAAUAAAGAUUAUUAAACGAA